UUGACUCCUCGAGCAGCACUCUGGGAACAGGAUUCUGGACUCCUUCUGCGCAUGUAUGGUGGUAGCCUAGUCCGUUCAUUCCAGAACGCUUGGUGUUUACUCGGAAAGCGGGUUGCAGCUAAACCUUUGCAAUUCCCUACAGUCUCCCAAGAGCAGCAGAAAAUGAACACGUCUCAGGCAUCGUUGUCAUUCAAAGAUGUGACUGUGGAGUUCACCCAAGACGAGUGGAAGUACAUGAGCCUUGCUCAGAGGAUCCUAUACAGAGAUGUGAUGCUGGAGAACUACAGCCACCUCAUCUCAGUGGGGUAUUGCUUUACAAAACCAGAAGUGAUCUUAAAGCUGGAGCAAGCAAAAGAUCCAAGCUUAUUAGACGAGGACUUUCUAAACAGGAGCUACCCAGAAGACUGCCAACAUGAUGACUGGUUAGAGAAGAGCCCGGAAAACCAAGACAAACAUCUUUGGCAAGUUUUUUUCACCACCAAUAAAAUAUUGACAACUGAACAAGAGAAAAUUUCAGGAAAACCAUGUACACAGAGCAUAGAUACAUUUACUUCAAGAAAAAUGCCCUGUAAGUGUGACAUUACAGGGCCUGAUUACCAGAGUCUCAUACCGUUGGUUCCACAUUGUAGGUCUUCAAGAAAGAAAGAUUAUGAGUUUAAUGCAUGUGAGAAGUGUCUCACUAUUCGAGAUAAGGGAACGAAUACCGGAGAGAAAUCUUUAGCUUAUAAUCAAGACGUGAAAACCCUUAGUCAGGAGGAUGCGUGUGUUCAGCAUCAGACAAUUCAGACUUUUGGGCAAACUUUUGAAUGUAAUGAAAAUGGAAAAGCCUUCUAUGGGAAGGCAACCUUCAUUACACCUAGGACAGCUCACAUAAAACUAAAAUCCUAUACUUAUAAUAAAUAUGGUAUAAACUUACAUGAGUCAACCCUUGUCUCUCAUAGCAUUCACACAGAAGAGAAGAGUACCUGUGAACUUAAUGAAAAUGAAUUUAACAAAAAUGGGGUUAAUUUCAUUAGGAUAACUCAACUUCAGAGAAAAGACAUAGUAAACAAAAUGUCCAGCAAAAACUCAGAUCUCAGAGGACAUCAGACAGCUCACACAGGGAUGAAACCACUUGAAUGUGGAAAAAGCUUCAGCCAUAACUCAGCCCUUACAGUAUGUGAGAAAACUCACAUAGCAGAGAAAUCCUGUAUGUAUAACAAAUGCAGAGAAACCAUUAACUUCCAGUCAGCCUUAAACAUACAUCAGAGAACUCAUACAAGCAUAGAGCCCUAUGAGUGCAAAGAAUGUGAAAUAUCUUUCUCUAGGAAGUCAUACUUCAUUUUCCAUAUGAAAACUCACACAGAGAAGAAACACUGUGAAUGUAAUGAAUGUGGGAAAACUUUCACGAAGAACUCAGAACAAAGUAACCAUCAGAGAACUCACCUGGGGGAGAGACCCUUUGAAUGCAGUGAACAUGGGAAAGCUUUCGAGCUGAAGUCAUACCUAAGCAAACAUCAGAGCAAGUGCACAGGUAAGAAGCCUUAUAAAUGUAAUGAAUGUGGGAAAUCUUUCAGCUGGAAGUCACGCUUCAGUGAACACCAGAAAACUCACACAGGGGUUAAACCUUUUGAAUGUAAUGAAUGUAGGAAAGGUUUCAGGUAUAAGUCAGACCUAAGAAAACAUGAGAGAACUCACACAGGUGAGAGACCUUAUGUAUGUGAUGCAUGUGGGAGAUCUUUUAGCAGGAGGUCAAACCUCACACUACAUCAGAGAAUGCACACAGGAGAGAAACCUUUUAAAUGUAAUGAAUGUGGGAAAACUUACAGUGAUAAAUCAGCCCUAAGGAAACAUCAGAGGACUCACACAGGAGAGAAACCCUAUAAAUGUGGUGAAUGUGGGAAAAGUUUCAGCCAGAACUCAAUCCUCAGAAGUCAUCAGAGAACACACACGGGGGAGAAACCCUAUGAGUGUCUUGAAUGUGGAAAAGGUUUCAGCCAGAGCUCAAUUCUCAGAGGUCAUCGGAGAACUCACACAGGGGAAAGACCUUAUAAAUGUGAUGAAUGUGGGAAAUCUUUCACUUGUAAAUCAUAUAUCAGAAUUCAUCAGACAAUUCACACAGGGGAGAAACCCUGUAAAUGUGAUGAAUGUGGAAAAGGUUUCAGGAAUAAGUCAGAGCUAACACAACAUCAGAGAUCUCACACAGGUGAGAGACCCUAUGUUUGUAAUGAAUGUGGGAAAUCUUUUCACUGGAAGUCAAACCUUACGGUACAUCACAGAACUCACACAGGGGAGAAACCCUUUGAAUGUAUUGAAUGUGGGAAAACUUUUAGCAGGAAAUCAAGAGCGAUGAGACAUCAUAGAAUUCACACAGGAGAGAAACCUUAUGAAUGUAAUGAAUGUGGGAGAGCUUUCAGAGAGAAGUCACAUCUUAGAGGUCAUCAGAAAACACAUACGCGGGAAAAACCAUAUAAAUGUGAUAAAUGCGGGAAAACUUUAAGCUCUAAGGCAACCCUCAGAGUCCAUCAGAGAAUGCACACAAAAUAGAAACCCUAGGAUAGUAAUGAAAAAUUUCCACUGUCAAUCAGACUUCAGAUUAUAAACUAGACAACACAUCCAGGGAAAAACUCUAUGAAUGUAAUGAAUGUGGACAAGGUUUAACCCAGAAGUUAUACCUCAGAAGUCACCAGAGAACUCCCACAUGGGAUAGACCCUGUAAAUGUGAUGAAUGUGUGAAAGCUUUCAGCCAGAAGUCACAUCUUGGAGAUCAUCAGAGAACUCACACAGGUUAUAAAUGUGACAAAUACAGGAAACGUGUAGCUGGAAGUCAUCCCUCUUACUAUAUAAGAGAGUACUUACAGGAGAGAAACCCUUUGAGUGUAGUGAAUGUGGAAAAACUUUCAGCCAAAGCCAAAGUCAGGAAUAAGAAAAUAUCAAAUAACUCAUAUAGUGAAAAACCCUAUGAAUAUAAUGUCUGUGGGAAGUAUCUCUUCAAAAAAGCGACUCUCACUGCACAUAAGCAGACACACAGGAGAAAAGCCCUAUGAAUGUAAUGAAUAUGGGACAUUUCACAGAAAGUCAGACCUCACUUUUUUACCCACCCAGGCAAGAAAGCUGUUGAAGGUAAUAUAGGAAAAGGUAUGAACUUAGCCCUCAGAAAACUCAUAUUUCACAGAAGUUCUCUAAAAGCAAGGUAAAUGUGCAGACAUUCUUCUGGAAAUCUCACAGGUCAUUGAACAUCAGAGGAAUCACACAGUAAAGAAAACCUAGAAUGUGAAGUGUGAUGACUAGUAAUUGGAAGCCACCUUUCUCAAUACAGCAAAAAAUUCUCAGAGGGUACAGAUAUCAUAGUAUAUCAACACACAUACAAAAGCAAUCUUAGGCAGAUCAGGGAUGUGGACCGUCCUUCAUACCAGAGGUCAACUUUCAACUUGACUUACACACUGGUAAUUUCCAUAUGUCAUAUAUUGACUAAUUUCAUACCAAUAACCAUUUCUUCUCCUCCCUAAGCUCACGCCUGUUGUAAGUUUCCCAACCACUAUUUCUUUCAAGUGGGGUAUGUCACUAAUUUAUGACUAAUUUUAUAAUGUGGGGGUCAGUGAUGAGUCCUAUAAAAGACACCCCUUCAAAUCUUCCAUGUUCUGUGUAUGUUCCUCAUCAAAAUGGAAUAGAAAUUACUCACUUGAAGACCUUGGGACGCGUGAACAGAAGAUACAAGGCCACAUAAUGGAAGAAGCCAGGGUCCAAGAGUGACCAGGAAAUUCCCCCCAUGUACAAUGUUGAAGUUUUGGUGAUACAGAAAUAAGUUAUUUUCUACUGAGCUUUUUCAGGUUUGGCUGUACUAGUUAUGUAGAGAUCCCUCAGUUAAUACAGCCUAUGAACAUGGUUGUGUUUGAAGUCAAGACUCAGUGUAUAAUGGAAAAACCACACGGGAGAGAGUCCUCACCACAUCCUUAAGUGAUUUUAAGUCUUAAUCCACAGUUCGUUAUUAAUGAUGUAUUAAUACCAGUGGAGAAGUCCAGCAUUUCAGCAGACACAGGGCAGUCUUUACCAAGAAAUUUCUCAUUAAAUAUCAUGUAAUUAAGGGUAUAAAUUGUUCUGGAUAUGUGGAAGUUUUCAACAAAUUUUCAAACUUUAUCUCGAUUGUUCUGAGGGAAAUCUAUCAACUUGGAAAAUGUGUGUAGAAACCUUUAUCUAGAGACUUUUACAUCACAGCUCUUUAUAUGUAAUGUCAGAACUUUUAAUAACACUACAAAAUAUUUAUAGACAUGCCCUGGGUAUAGAAAGCUUCUGAAAAACCAGGAAUAAAGUGCAUUACCAGAGCCAGAGCAUUAAAUGUGUACGUGAAUAUUCCCUGGGCUUUGUAGGACUUGUCUGUAUGUACGCAUGCCAUUUAAUAGCUAUUUGAUAUGUGAUGGAGCCCACGUCAUUGUAGAAGGAAUUCUGUACUCUGUGCUUAAUAACUACCAUGAUAUAAGCCUAGCUUUUCCAGAUAGCUCUUGACCAAUAAACCAUUUCUGAGAAAUGUUUGAAAAAAAAAGUGCCAUCCCUCAUCCCCUUUCUGCUAUUGUCUUCGCAUUUGUGUAUAGGAAAAACCGUUGUUACAGAAUGGCCUCUUUGGCAAAAAAGCCAAACGAUAUUUUCUGUAAACUUUUGUACUGCUUCAGGGUCAGCAAUGCAUUUAGUGUUACCAAUAUAUAAAAUAUAAAGGCCACAAACAGUUUUUGUAAAAAUGACCCUGAUUAAUUUGAAGAGUAGCUGUGAAUAGUGGUGCCCAGUAAGAAAAUAGCCUCUAUCUUCCAUAUUCUUUAUAUGCUUCAGUGAAGUGCCUGCAUAGCUUGGUGUCGUGGAUUGAAUUUGUGUACCCUGAAAACAUGUUGAACUCCCAACCCCCGGUACCUCCAAAUGUGACCUUGCUUAAAAAUAGGGUCUUUGAAAAUGUUAAUAUGAGAUCACACUGGAGAGGGUAUAUCCUAAUCAGAUAUGAGUGGUGUUAUAAAAGAGAGAAGAGAGACAGAGACAGAGGAAGGACAGCCAUGUGAAGAUGAAUCUAUAAACCGUGGAAUGCCAAGGGAAGCCAUUCAUCACCAGAAGAUAGGUGAGAGACAUGGAAGAGAUUCUUAGAGCUGUCAGAAGGAAUCAACAUGGCUGACAUCCUGUUGCCAGACUCCUAGCCUCCUGGACUGCGACAAAUUUCUGAGCUACCCAUUUUGUGGUACUCUGUUAUGGCCAUCCUAGGCAAAUAAUGCUGUUGCAUUGUGUAAAUCCUAAUCCUCUAUAACCCAUGCAGUAUCUACAUUUGUGCUGUCUUAUGAUAGUGUCAUGUAGGGUCCUCUGCUCUUUUCUUGCAGGGGUUGGUGAUAUAUAUAACAUAGUGGUUGAUAACAUGUACUUGCAGCUAGACUCCAUGUGCUGAAAUACCAGAUCCCUGUGGGACAUUGGAUAGGACACUAUUUGUGUACCUUAGUGUCCCCAUCUGCAAAAUUGGGAUCAUAUCACCUACAUUGUAAGGUUUUUUGUUUUUUUUUUAUCACCUACAUUGUAAGGUUGCUAUGGUGAUUAAAUUUAUCUAAUGCAAAUGGAAGAACAUCUGGCACAUGGCAGUUGUCAUAUAUGUGUUAGUACUGUUUUAUUACGAACCACCACUACCAUCAUUAAUAUUUCUUGAAUUUACUUUGAAAAAAUGGUGGAUAGUUGUGCCUAUUAAAAGUACAUAUGCCAAAACAUUUGUCAAUUCAACAAUCUUUAUAUGUAGAAUUCAGUGACAAUGAUUACAUUCAUAAUGUGCAACCAUCUCUACUAUCCUUUUCCAAAUUAUUCCACCACCAUUAACAGAAAAUCAAUUCCUAACCAAUG